AUGAUAACCAAAGAGAUUUGCGAGAAGUAUGGUAUGCCCCGGCGGACUUUCAACGCGAUCCACAACAAAGCUCUGGCCCGAGGAUGGGGACCAGGUCAACCGGUGCUAAUUGCUCAUGUCGAAGACGGAGCUCGCUCCGGCCGCCCGAAGACGAGAGGAGACGGCUCUGACAGGCCCCUCGAAGGUGCGGAUAGUAUCGACCCAGUCUCUAGCCAAGGGGCGUAG